AUGUCAAGAUUGACCGCCUUGAAAGAACACCUCCCAUGGAUUCAAACACCCUUCAUAAUCAACGCGCCAAUGAGCGGUAUCGCCAAAAGCAAACUAGCCACCGCCGUGACCAAGGCCGGAGGUCUUGGUCAAAUCGGCUAUCUAGACAAUCUACACGAACUCGCAAACGAGCUCGAGACAGCCAAACAGUCUCUCCUUGAAGCCGAAUUCGAUAUAACAAAAACUCUUCCCCAUCGGUCUCGGUGUUAUAGUCUUUGGAUCACCGCUACAGGCAUGGUUGACAUUAUUCGCAAAUUACAAGCCGGCUGUGGCUUGGCUUUCCUUUGCCGAUACUGA